UGAAAAUUAAAUCAAUUAGGUCUGAUAGAGGUGGAGGGUACUUAAAGUCAGAUUUUAUUGAUUUUUGUGAAAAAAAAGGCAUUGAAAAACAAUUGAUCAUGUCCUAUAUACCACAACAAAAUGGUGUAGCAGAAAGAAAAAAUAGGACUUUCAUAGAAAUGAUUAAUUCUAUACUUUAUGGAUCUGGUAUGUCUGAAAAUCUAUGGACUGAAGCCUUACUUUUAGCAUGUCAUAUUUUAAAUAGAAUUACUUCCAGAAAUCAUGAUGCAUCUCCAUAUGACUUUGGAAUAAUCGAAAGCCAAAUAUAAAUUAUUUUAAAGUAUGGGGUUGCUUGGCUUAUGUUCGAUUACCAGAUCAACAUUUAACUAAGAUUGGCUAUGAAGGAGUAGAUUGUCUGUUUAUUGGUUAUUCACAAACCAGUAAGGCUUAUAGAUUUUUAAAUCUUAAGAACCCAAGUCCUCGCACAAUUAUUGAAUAUUUACAUGCUAACUUUUUUUAGCAUAUACUUCCCAAGAAAAAAAAUUCUUUUGAACAAGAUGCAAGUUCUUCUAUUUCUUCUCUUAAAAGAAAAAUAGUUGAGGCAUUGGAAGAAAGUCAACCAAGACGUAGUUCAAGAUCAACCAAACCAAAGGACUUUGGAUCUGAUUUGGUUGAAAAGGAUCCUGAAAGUUAUGUUGAAGCUAUGUCUUCACAUGAUGCUCCUUUUUGGCGUGAAGCCAUCGAUGAUGAAAUACACUCUAUACUGUCUAAUAAUACAUGGAUAUUAUCAGAUCUUCCUCCUGGAUGUAAACCAAUUGGUUGCCGAUGGAUUUUUAGGAAGAAAAUGAAAUCCGAUGGUACUUUAGAUAAGUACAAAGCCCGCUUGGUAGAUAAAGGCUUUACUCAAUUGAAAGAUAUUGAUUAUUUUGAUACUUUUGCACCUGUAGCUUGGAUGACCUCCAUUCAUCUCUUGAUUGCUUUAGCAACAAUUCAUGGUCUUGUGAUUCAUCAGAUGGAUGUGAAGACUGCAUUCCUGAACGGAAAUUUGGAUGAAGAAGUCUUCAUGAAACAACCAGAAGGAUUUGUCAUUCCUGGUCAAGAACGUAAAGUUUUUGAAGAUUUUCUUCUGCAUGAUCUAUAUGUGCUAGUGAUUUCAACUGAGCAGCAUCACAAUUCUGAGAGACUGAAGGAGGGCAUCACUCAAGUUCUUACUAUCAUUAACAAGCAGCAUCAACCAUGGGUAGAUGGUCAGGAUUUGUUGGAUGAUGCUCUACAGAAUAAGCGAUUCUUACCUACUGGAUGCAAAAGCAUAGAUACAUUUCUUCUUGGUGGAUUAAGAGAGGGAUAUCUAACGGAGCUAGUUGGCACAUCAUCCUCUGGUAAAACACAAAUUUGCUUACAAGCUGCUUCAGCUGUUGCAAAAAGCUGGGGCAAAAUCGUUUUCUUGGACUCUGGAAAUUCUUUCUCUCCAAAACGUGUUUCUCAAAUUAUCACUCAGACAUCAGAUCUAUCUGCCUAUGAGGUGGACAAGGGCCUUCAACAAGUAAUGAACAACAUAGUAUGUUUGUCAGUGUUUGACAUUUUUACACUGUUUGAAGUGCUUCAUCAGCUAAAGAACAAUCUCAGAUCUCAGAUAGAUCAGCACAUAAGAAUGGUUAUCAUUGAUUCAAUAUCGUCACUCAUUACUCCAAUUCUUGGAGGAGGUGGUGCACAUGGACAUGCUUUAAUGGUUUCAGUUGGAUUUUUAUUAAAACGCUUGGCGCAUGAACAUGAUAUCUCCAUUUUGGUCACCAAUCACAUGGUGGUUGGUGAGGGAGGUACUUCCAAGCCAGCACUUGGAGAGAGUUGGAGGAGCAUCCCGCAUGUUAGACUUCUGCUAUCCAGAGGCCACAUUAGGAAUAUCAGCAGCAUGUCAGUACUAAGACACCCACACAUGUGAGUGUUUCAUCCAGGCUACUGGAGAUAGAGUGGAGUUCGAGUUGCAAUGACAUCAGCCUUAUAAUGCCUGAGAUUUUUAUCAAGGUAUCAACUUGAUGCCGCUGCACUGUGGAGAUGAUACUAGACUUACAUUCUUUUACUUUUAUAUAUGUUACGUUCUGGUUCGUUUUUGUAAUAUCUAUCUGAGAACACUUGGACUACUGUAAUACUAAUAAUAUUGUGGCAUUUACUGUUUUAAUCAAAUUUUGACAAACCUAUCUACUGCACUUGCAAACAUUUAGGCGGUGUUGAGCCACACGCCUUGUUAAAGGAAAAAAAAAUAACUAACGCCAUCUGUUAACAGCUACAUAAGGCGUGGAUUGUCCCACAUCUUUACUCA